UGCCUAGCUGAGUCCCAUUCUGUGCAUCAUGAAGAAGCAACCAUUCAAGAUCAGGCUCCAGUUUGUGUUGAAGAUUAUAAUGAAAAGGAUGAGGAUGAAACUCAACCUAUAGAAUAUAUGAGCAUCAGCCCAUCCCCAAAUAAUGUCUCUGAUGAUGAAAUACAGUUCAAAGAUUCUAUGCCAAGUUCUAGAAAACAUCGGAACAUUAGUGAGCAACCUGAAGAGGUGUGGAGAAAGCAGUUGAUUAUUUGUAUAUAUUUAUGUUCAAUUUUGCAACUUAUAAGUUAAGUAAUGAUUGGCAACUUUCAGAUGAACUAUUGAUCAGUCCUUUAAUGUACGUUAUUAAUUCAGUUUUUCUAUCUCACUUAUCAGUGCUUUAUCAUUAAUAUUCAUUGUAAAUUAAUGUUAAAAAAACUACAUUGUUUUCUUUAAACUUAUGUGAAAUGGCAGUUUUAUCAGUAAAUAAUUUUUUUCUUGGAACACGGUACUUUUCAGCAUUGUUAGCAUAUUUUAACAUUCUGACAUUGAUAAAGAAAGUUUUGUGAUCAGUAGUUUAAACUAAUGAGAAAAUUUUUAACAAUUUAAUUUAAAUUUAAACAUACAAAUUUUACAAAUUUAAAAUUUGAUUUUAACCAAUUUUUCAUAGUUAACCACUAUAUUCACUCAUAAAGAACAGGAUGUGAAUGUGGCCUAAGUUUGAAAAAGGUGGCCCAACAAUACAGAGACAUAUUAAUGAGACAGCAUCAAGUAAAAUGGUUAUGCUGUCUGUUGUUAGAAUAAGUUUGCCAUUUGACUAAGGGCCUUGGUGUAUUUUCCAACCGGAUACAUAAUGGACAUUGCUUGGCAGAGCCAGAUAUGCAAGCCAUAUGAUGUUUUGUGGAGCAUUUAUGGCCAUGGCAUACCAGUCUAUAUAUCCCUUAAUUGAAAAUACCAAGAAACAAGGUAUCUGUGAGUAAAAUAUUUUCUAAUGAAUUCAUAUCAGGUAUUGAAUCCUUCACCUCAAGGUAGCCCUGAGGUGUAUCAAAUGGAUACUGAUGAGGAAGAAACUCAGCCUUAUGAAUCCCCCAAAAAGUAAGUUCUUGAUGAGUUGUGUUAAAAAAAAAAAUGAAUUAAGUUAUUAAUAAUAAAAAAAUUAAUGUUAUUUUAUUCACAUCAGUAUUUUCAAAAGUAAUUACAAAGUUUUGUAAGCUUUGAUUUCAAAUUUAUAUCAUCAACUGACAUCUUGUAAAUCAAGAUUUAGAAUAAAAUUACUUCACCAUCAAUGUAUGUCCCAAAAGUUACAUGUGCUAGAACAGCAGUUCUCAACCCCUGGGUCGUGACCCCCUUGGGGGUCGCACGACACUUUCCCAGUGGUCACCUAAGACCAUCUGAAAACACAUAUCCUCACAGCUAUGAAGUAGCAAUGAAAACAAUAGUGUGGCUGAGGGUCGCCACGACACGAGAAACUGUAUUAAAGGGUCGUGGCAUUAGGAAGGUUGAGAACCACUGUGCUAGAAGGUAGACAUUGAGAAGUUAUAAAUCGGCAGUUAUAAAGAUCUAGAGCAUCACUUGUUAUUACAUAGCAGCAUACAUUAGGUAAGGUUAUACUAUUUUUAUACCUAUCAAAAAUUGCAUAAGUUGUUCCUCUAGAUUUGUCCACUGACGGUGCUGAUACAUUUAACACGCUAUAAAUGAUCAUGUUGACAGAUCACCUUAUCUCACCCAAGGAGUUUUGAAGUCACCAACAGUUGUUCCAGAGUCCCAGUCUGUUCAGAGCAGCCCAGCCAGUGUUGUCAUGAUGGGCGAUAGUCAUGACCUUGAUGAAGACUUGCACCCUGGGCCAAAAGUAAACACUAGACAAGACUCUGUUUUACAUCAGGUACAUUAUCUCAUAAUCAAAUAUGAAGUUAAAUUUUAUUUAAAGCAUCAAUAAUUUUUGUUGCUGUUGUAAAAAGAGAAAGUGUAGGCAUCCCACCGAUGAUAAAAACUCGACACCUUCCUUUAUUAUUAGUGAAUGUUGUUCCAAGGCAGCCUUUUCAUCCAUGCCAGCAUAAAACAAACCAUAGAAGUAAACUGCAAUCCCUUUUAAAGGGCAACGAUUCAUUCCCCAGCACGGAAUGAGGACUUGUUAAGGUCAUAAAGUGUAUUCUGAUGUAUGAGAUUUCUUAUACACCUUUACAUUGGUGUGUUACUAAUAAAACACCCAAGAAACCCAUCCACAGUACAAUGAGCCACCAGACAAGGGGCAGUGAAGAAAAACAAAAUGUAAAUUUUUGUGUGUGUUAAAUCUCAGCAAUCAAAUUAGUGUUCAGAGGGCACAAGAAGUAGGAAAAUUAUGUUUGCACUUAGUUCAAAAGAAUUUAAUGAAUUAAAGGACAGUUACAUAUUGCAAACAGCUUUGGAAUUAGAUGUAUCUGUAAUAAUCACUUAGCAGCACAGUCAUUGGUAAGAUUUAUUCAAUUGCAAAUGAAAAUAUAAAGAUAUUUUACUUCUAGAAAGAUGUUCAACAUCAGAGCAACCUUAUCAGGACCUAUCCGUAA